ACCCACCCCGGGAUGUCCUCGGCGUCCCCUUCUUCUUUCCUGGGCCCCAAGAGCAGCACGGAUCGUCCCAAAGCGCCCCGGACGCGGGCGGCGACUUGGAGCCACCGGGAGACGCUGGAUUUCCUCGCGCUGUGGGGGGAAGAAGGGAUCCAGGCGCAGCUCAACCGGUGCCACCGCAAUGCCGACGUCUACCAGUGGAUCUCGGAGCGGAUGGCCGAGAAGGGCUACUUCCGAGACGAGGACCAGUGCCGCACCAAGGGCAAGGACCUGAAGAAGAGCUACAAGCAAGCCAAGCUGCAGGACGGCCUCGCCCGCCAGCGGUGCCGCUUCUUCCACGAGCUGGACGCCAUCCUGGGCGGCAGUCGGGGGGGCGGCGGCAACGCGGCUCCCUGGUGCCAGGUGGUGAUCAAAGAGGAGAGCGAUCCGGAGCUGGAUCCGGAUCAAGGCCUGCCGGAGGACGACUACGCCUGGACCCAGGUCUCCGUCACCGACGGCAGCGAUCCGGAGCCGCAGGGCGAGCCUUCCUCCGCAGUCGCCGCCGGUGCCUCCUCUUCCUCCUCCUCCUCCUCCCAGGCGCCCGCUGGGCUGCUCCACCCCGAAGACGUCGCGGCCCCGCUCCUGCUCCACCCCCGGGCCUCGGCGGGCUUCGUCAAGAGGGAGAAAAGCCCCGGCGGGGAGGAGGACGAGGCCGGAGCGGCGCCCUUUCUCGUCUACCCGCCGGAGAGCCCCGCCGAAGGAGGGGACAGGCCGCAGGGCGGGGAGGAGCUGCUCCUGCGCCGGGAGACCCGCGCCCAUCUGGAGGCCCCCUGGAGGCCCGGCCUCAGCCGGAGAGCUUUUCCUAGACCGCGAACCCUGCUGAGCACACGCGAAAAACUGGCUCAGCUUCGAAACAGAAGGAAGAGGCCCCGGGAUGACCGAUUCGAUGAGCUGAUCCGGGAUAUCCGGAUGCAUUUCCGGGAGCGGGAGAAGCUCUUCCAGGGCUUGUGGGAGGAGGAGAAGGCCCAGCGGGAGAAGGACAGGAGGCUGUGGACAGCCGAGAUGGACUGGAUUCGGCAGAUGUGGGCGAAGAGCCAGAAAGAGAGAGAAGCUGCUGGAGAAGAGAAGGAGAAGAAGGGGCCUCGACUCAUAAAGGAGGAGAACUGGAAUCUCUGCAAAGACCUGGAUGGGGACACCUCAAAAGACACCAGUGUUCCAGAGCCCCCGCUCUUAAAGGCCUGGCUGGAGUCUCAUGGCCGCAGCUUUGGACAUUUUGUAGGCGGCAAGUGGCUGAAACCAGAGGGAAGGGAGACCUAUGCCACCAAAAAUCCCACCACAGGGGAGCCCUUGGCCACCACCCUCCAGGGGAAUGGAGAAGAUGUCAAAGCAGCUGUCAGUGCUGCCACAAACGCUUUUGAAAUCUGGAGCCAACAGCCUGCCCACAUUCGAGCCCGACACCUCUACAACAUAGCCAGGAACAUCCAGAAACACCAGCGGUUGCUCAGCCUCCUGGAGAGUCUAGACAGUGGGAAACUUCUCUGUGAGGCCCGGGAUGCGGACCUGCCUUUAGUUGUCCGGCAUUUCUACCAUUAUGCUGGUUGGGCCCAGCUAAUGGAGGUGGAGAUGAAGGGCUGGAAACCUCUUGGUGUUGUUGCUGUCCUCAUCCCGCGGAACUUUCCUCUGCUGACUCUGGCUUGGAAGGUGUGUCCAGCACUGGCCAUGGGGAAUACAGUGGUGCUCAAACCAGCCAGCUCAACCUGUCUGACAGCUCUGCUCUUGGCCGAGGUCUGCACUCAGGCGGGGCUUCCUCCUGGAGUCCUCAACAUUGUCACGGGUGACCAGGGGCUGGGCAAGACAUUGGCCACCCAUCCAGGCCUUGACCAAGUGGCUUUUGCCGGUUCUGCUGAGGCAGGUCGCAGCCUGCGCUGUGCAACUGCUGGGACUGGCAAGAAGCUUUCUUUGCAACUUCAAGGGAAAUCGCCCUUCAUUGUCUUCGACUCUGCUGACUUGGAUAGCGCUGUUGAUGGGCUGGUGGAUGCCAUUUGGCUGAACCGAGGACAGGCCCACAAUGCCGGGUCUCAGCUGCUCCUGCAGGAAUCCAUUGCCAAAGAUUUCAUUCAGCGCCUGAAGCGCCGGAUGGGCCAGCUGCGUGUGGGAGACUCCCUAGACAAGGCCGUGGAUCUGGGUGCCUUGGCUGAUGAGAAGCAGCGAGACACCAUCGAGAGCCUUGUGGAGGAAGCUCGGGGAGAAGGUGCUGAGAUCUUCCAGGCCUGGGCCGCCCUUCCUUCAAGUGGGCGCUUCUACCCUCCAACCUUAAUCACUGGUGUGCACACGACCUCCCGUUGCGUCAGGGAAGAGGUAUUUGGACCUGUUCUGGUAUCAUUGACUUUCCGGACAGCCAAGGAAGCAGUGGCGUUGGGAAACAGCACCCCCUAUGGGUUGGUUGCCAGUGUGUGGACAGAGACACUUCCACUAGCUCUGGAAGUCGCCCACAGUUUGCAGGUUGGAACAGUCUGGAUCAAUGGCCACAACAUGCUAGAUGCUGCAUCUGCGUUUGGAGGCUGCAAAGAAAGUGGCUAUGGUCGGGAUGGAGGCAAAGAGAGCCUUUAUGAGUACGUGAGACCAACCUGGGAGAUCCGCCGAUGCUCCAGCGCCGUGGACGUCAACUGCAAAACCUUUGCUACCUCGCAGGGGACUGGGGCUCCUCUGAAUCUUGGAGAGAAAAGAGUUCCACAUUCCAUAGCUUCUGAUCCAGAAGGAAAUAUCCCCAGUGUGGACCAAACUUACAAGCUGUACUAUGGGGGAGUCCAGAAGAGGCCGGACUCUAUGAGUUCCCAAGCGGUCCUCGACCACGCUGGCAAAAUCCUGGCCUAUGUGGCAGACGGGAGCAUCAAAGAUAUCCGUAAUGCUGUGGAAGUGGCCCACAAGGCUGCCCCUGGAUGGGCAAAGCAGACGGCUCAUACUCGGGCGCAGAUUUUGUACUACCUGGCUGAGAAUCUUGAGCUUCGUCGAGCCGAAGUGGCGUCCCGACUCGAGGCCUUGACCGGUGCAGGGAAAGAAGAGGCCCUGCGGGAGGUGGACCUCAGCGUACAGAGGCUGUUCCACUGGGCGGCGUAUUCUGACAAAUACGGUGGGGCCGUGCAGGAAACCAUCUUGUAUGGUGCCUCCCUUCUCUUCCGAGAGCCUGUCGGUGUCAUAGGAAUCGCCUGCCCCAAUGAACAGCCGCUGCUUAGUUUCAUCAGCUUGUUGGCUCCCGCCGUCAUCCGUGGCAACUGCGUGGUGAUGGUCCCCAGUGAGCGGUACCCGUUGCCUGCCCUGGAUUUCUACCAGGUACUUGACACCUCAGAUGUCCCUGGCGGAGUGGUGAAUAUUAUCUCUGGCAACCGGGACUAUCUCAGCCGGGCUUUAGCUGAGCAUCAAGAUGUACAAGCCAUGUGGUACUUUGGCUCCAAGGAGGGUUCUGCAGUUGUGGAAUGGGCCUCCUCUGGGAACCUGAAGAGGACCUGGGUGAACUAUGGAGCAGAGCAGCGUUGCUGGUCCAUCCCUCAAGAAGGAGCGGGGGAAGAAUUUCUCUACCAAGCCACACAGUGCAAAAGUGUCUGGAUGCCCAUGGGUGAUAUAUUUGCCAACUAAGCCUCGGGAUCAGUGGGCAGAACUGCAAGGCAAUCAACAAAGGAUGGGGGGAGAGAAUUGUAGGGUCUGAGAAUAAAGACUGUUUGGUAGAAAUCUGUAAA